AUGGCAACUGAAGCACCCAAGACCACCCCCAUCACUGUCUCUGAACUUGCCAAGCAUGAUGGUUCUGACCCUUCACUUCCCAUCUAUGUGGCCAUCAAGGGCGAUAUCUUUGAUGUUUCCAAGAACACUAGCUCUUAUGGUCCUGGUGCAGGUUAUAAUGUUUUUGCAGGAAAGGAUUCAUCCAAGGCACUUGGUAAAUCCUCUUUAAAGCCUGAAGAUUGUGUUGCUGAUUACAGCGAUCUCACUGAAAAGGAAUUGGAGGUGUUGGAUCAAUGGCAUGCCUUUUUCUCCAAGAGAUACAAUAUUAUUGGAAAGGUGGUUCCUGACAACUAA